GGUUACAAGAUGGCGGCGCUGAGCGGCGGCGGCGGCGGCGGCGGCGGCGGCGGCGCGGAGCAGGGCCCCGCUCUGUUCAACGGGGACAUGGAUCCCGAGACUGGCGCCGGCUCGGCAUCCUCCGCCGAGCCGGCCAUCCCCGAGGAGGUAUGGAAUAUCAAGCAAAUGAUAAAAUUGACACAGGAACACAUAGAAGCCCUAUUGGACAAAUUUGGAGGAGAACAUAACCCACCAUCAAUCUAUCUCGAGGCCUAUGAAGAAUACACCAGCAAGCUAGAUGCACUUCAACAACGGGAACAACAAUUAUUAGAGUCCAUGGGGAAUGGAACUGAUUUUUCUGUUUCUAGCUCAGCUUCAACAGACACAGUUACAUCUUCUUCCUCUUCUAGCCUGUCAGUGGCACCUUCAUCUCUUGCAGUUUUUCAGAAUCCCACAGACAUGUCAAGAAGCAAUCCCAAGUCACCACAAAAACCAAUUGUUAGAGUCUUCCUGCCCAACAAACAGAGGACUGUGGUACCAGCAAGAUGUGGAGUAACUGUCCGAGAUAGUCUAAAGAAGGCAUUGAUGAUGAGAGGCUUGAUCCCAGAAUGCUGUGCAGUGUACAGAAGACAGGAUGGAGAGAAGAAGCCUAUUGGCUGGGACACUGAUAUUUCCUGGCUUACUGGAGAAGAACUGCAUGUAGAAGUUUUGGAGAAUGUUCCCCUAACAACACACAAUUUUGUACGGAAGACAUUUUUCACUUUAGCAUUCUGUGACUUUUGUCGAAAGCUGCUUUUCCAAGGUUUCCGCUGUCAGACAUGUGGUUAUAAAUUUCACCAACGCUGUAGUACAGAGGUGCCACUGAUGUGUGUUAAUUAUGACCAACUUGAUUUGCUGUUUGUCUCCAAGUUCUUUGAACAUCACCCAAUACCGCAGGAGGAGGCCUCCUUAGGAGAGACCACCCUUACGUCGGGAUCAUCCCCUUCAGCACCCCCCUCAGAUUCCAUUGGGCCCCCACUUCUUACUCCAUCGCCUUCAAAAUCCAUUCCAAUCCCACAGCCCUUUCGACCAGCAGAUGAGGAUCAUCGGAACCAGUUUGGGCAACGUGACAGGUCCUCAUCAGCUCCCAAUGUGCAUAUAAACACAAUAGAGCCUGUCAAUAUUGAUGACUUGAUUAGAGACCAAGGGUUACGGGGUGAUGGAGCCCCCUUGAACCAACUGAUGCGCUGUCUUCGGAAAUACCAAUCCCGGACUCCCAGUCCCCUCCUACAUUCUGUCCCCAGUGAAAUAGUGUUUGAUUUUGAGCCUGGCCCAGUGUUCAGAGGAUCUACUACAGGGUUGUCUGCCACUCCUCCUGCUUCCUUGCCUGGAUCUCUAACUAAUGUGAAAGCAUUACAAAAAUCUCCAGGACCUCAGCGUGAAAGAAAAUCUUCAUCAUCUUCUGAAGACAGGAAUAGAAUGAAAACCCUUGGUCGACGAGACUCAAGUGAUGAUUGGGAAAUUCCAGAUGGGCAGAUUACAGUUGGACAAAGGAUAGGAUCUGGAUCAUUUGGAACAGUCUAUAAGGGGAAAUGGCAUGGUGAUGUAGCUGUGAAAAUGUUGAAUGUGACAGCACCCACACCUCAGCAGUUACAGGCCUUCAAAAAUGAAGUAGGAGUGCUCAGGAAAACACGACAUGUGAAUAUCCUACUCUUUAUGGGCUAUUCAACAAAACCACAGUUGGCCAUUGUUACACAGUGGUGUGAAGGCUCCAGUUUAUAUCACCAUCUACAUAUCAUUGAGACCAAAUUUGAGAUGAUCAAGCUAAUAGAUAUUGCACGGCAAACAGCACAAGGCAUGGAUUAUUUACAUGCCAAGUCCAUCAUCCAUAGAGACCUCAAGAGUAAUAAUAUAUUUCUUCAUGAAGACCUCACAGUAAAAAUAGGAGAUUUUGGUCUGGCUACAGUAAAGUCACGAUGGAGUGGUUCCCAUCAGUUUGAACAGUUAUCUGGAUCCAUCUUGUGGAUGGCACCAGAGGUCAUUAGAAUGCAAGAUAAAAACCCAUAUAGUUUUCAAUCAGAUGUAUAUGCAUUUGGGAUUGUUCUGUAUGAGUUGAUGACAGGACAGUUACCUUACUCAAACAUCAACAACAGGGACCAGAUAAUUUUUAUGGUGGGGCGAGGAUACUUGUCGCCAGAUCUUAGUAAGGUGCGGAGUAAUUGUCCAAAAGCCAUGAAGAGGUUAAUGGCAGAGUGCCUGAAGAAGAAGAGAGAUGAGAGGCCACUUUUUCCCCAGAUUCUUGCCUCCAUUGAACUUCUGGCCCGCUCAUUGCCAAAAAUUCACCGCAGUGCAUCUGAACCCUCAUUGAAUCGGGCUGGCUUCCAAACGGAGGAUUUUAGUCUGUAUGCUUGUGCUUCUCCAAAAACACCCAUCCAGGCAGGGGGAUAUGGAGAAUUUGCCGCCUUCAAGUAGCCACACCAUCAUGGCAGCAUCUACUCUUAUUAUUUCUUAAGUCUUGUGUUCCUACAGUUUCUUAACAUCAAAACUCAGUUCUGUUCCUCAAAACCUUUUUUAAAGAUACAGAAAUUUCAGUGCAUAAGCUAGAGUGGAACAGAAUGAAAUUUCCCCUCCAACAAAAGAGGGAAGACUAUUUUAGGAACCAGAACUCUGUGCUGCCAAUGUUUCUUCUUCAACACAGACACCAUGUGCACUAACCACGCCUGCCCACUCCCUGGAGGAGAGAGGAGAGACCGAGCAUUCUGACCUUUGGGGGUUCAGGCAGGAUGGGAAGGAACUGCUGCUACGGCUUGGGAGAUUGGCUGUGGAAAGUCUGCAGAUCAACUUUUCUCCUUCUAACCACCCGGCCAGCAAAUGGCAGAUCAUCUGAUGGGGCAAUUCCAAUCACAAGAAUCAUUCCUCUUUCUGUUCUGGGAUUUUGUUAUGGGUUUUUUUCCCUCUCCUUUCCUGAUGUACCUUCUACGAGCUGGAACAAAAAUGCAGUAUAGCCCUUUCAAUGUUAUGUGUGUCCAAUAUUCAUCCAGAUUUUCAGAUUUAUCCUCCAAAAAAGAUCAUUUUAGUUGGGAAGGGGUACAGGAACACUGUGCAGCUGGGAUGGGAGAAAAAGGGAAUACAGCGUAUUUUUUCCAGGUCUACUCUGGUAUCUUUUCUUUCAUUUCCUUUCCAAGCUACAGUGUGUGAUUCAUUGAGGGUGUCUUUGAAGCAGGCUGGGAUGUGUUCACACACAUUAGAUUUUUCUCAUUGGUCCAGCAAUCUACAAAUGCUUGUUUGUUGUUUAAUAUACUAGGUCCUCAGUGUACUCCCAUUGAGAUAAUACAACAAAUUUAUUUUUAAAAUCAGGCAAUUAACAAAUAUUUAUUGAGUGCCUAUUGUGUGCAAGGCACAAGGGUAUAUCUGACUAUAAUUGAUAAAAAUUUUUUAGUAAAGGACUUGAUUGGUAAAUUAUUUUAUAAAUUGAAAAUUAAGGUACAUAUUUAACACUGAGUACCUUCCCAAUAUGGAUUGUUAAAUAAUGGGAAAUGAAUCUCAGGUUAGAUUGAGUCACAAUAAAAUAUAACACCCUCCUCUGAAUUUGACAUUCUGAAAGUGGUAUUUGAAGUACGGAAUGACUUUUUUUAAGAAGGAAAAAAGGGUGAGGAUUUUUAUCACUUUAUAUGUCCUCUAAAAUGUUUGUAUACAUAUGGGGGAAACUUGUCAUAAUGACAAGUAAAAUUUAUAUCAUGUUUAUUAAUGAUUCUGGCUGGAUCUGCACUAAUACCUUGUUUCAUUUCUUCCCACUAGACUUUCUUUUACUCUGCCCAGUUUUCUCCUUUAUCUAGUUUGCAACCUAAAAUAAAAAUGGUGGUGUGUGCAUUAAUUUUCCUUCUUCCUUUCUUCUCAAGCCUGGUCUUCAAAAGGUUGGUAACUUUGGAACUAAGUUUCUCAGGGAGCGUAUAAAGUCACAAAUGAAGAUGAGAGGAAUUGUAGGAGGAUGUUUUGAUGUGCUCAGUUUGCAGAAUUUUGAUGCUAGACCUCAGUGAUUUGUUAGGGUUAGAUGCUAAUUAGCUUAGAGAGAUCAUUACUCUCAGCAUAAAGCAGAAAUGUUAUCCGCUCAGAGCAUCUUUCAUUCUUUUACUGAAAGUGAACAUAAAUCAUAAUAGUAGUAAAGAAAGUGAAUGUGUAUUGCUGGUCAGGUUAAAUUUCUCCCUAAUGAUGAGAAUAGAAUCAUUCACUUGGGUGGAGAAGAGAAAAUUGCUUGUGCAGUAGGUUUAACCAGCAAAACACAAGAGGCUAAGAACCUGCAUGAAAUUGGGCAAAGCCUAAAAUAAAUCAGGGAACAAGAAAACAAUACUUUUAUUUCAAAGUAUGGCUUAUUGCACUGCUUCUAUACUUCUAGCUACUUACAACUCACUGCCAUCUGAUACAUUUUUCUUUAAAUAUUUAUAAAUAUAAGAUAGCAGCUGGAAGUUAAUGUGGAGUGGUCAAAUUUGCCACUAAUAAGUAUGUGAAACUCCAAAUGUUCAGGAAUGAAUAAUCCAUUUGAAAUGAAAUAUGUUUGUAAUUAUUCUUACACGUAUGGACAAAGAUAUGUGAUAUAGAAAUGGCUGAGUCUGAGAAUGAUUCUAACUGGCAUGUUUCCUGUGUGUGUGGUGUAGCCUCUUCAAAAGAUGUAUUUGCUUUGUUUUUUAUUUUUAAUAUAUAAGCUUUGUCCCUACAGAUAUUGUAUAUGUUUAUUUUCCUCUUAGAUUAUCAUACAGUCUCUUUCCCAGGAUGAAAGUGAGCAACAGUAAGUUUAUUCAGUGCUCCUUUGAAAUAAAUAGAAUCUGCUGGAGUGAUGCUGAAUCAAGGACUACCUCAGCAAAUCCAUCUAGGGAAAGGAACUGCCUAUGGAAGAAGCUUAGAAGGUCCUGUCUGAGAUUUUACACACUUCAGAGAUGCUGCUUUUUACCUCCCUUCCAUUGGGUUGCCAUCUUAUUUGAAAAGAAAAAGAAAAAAGCAAACUUGACUUGUAUAGGCUGGCUUUAAAAUGAAGAUUAGUCCAGAGUCCAAGCUCAGGGUAUUGUUGAGUGAUUUCAGGUCACUUUUUUUUAAAUCCCUUUUUCACUUCCAUUUUUUUUUUUUUUUUUAAUACAAAUGAUCUUUUUCAAAUUCUUUCACUUUACAACCUUACAAAGGGUUUCCUUUGCUUUUCUUUUAUUAUUUGGUGUUUCGGACUCUAAAUAGACUAGAACCUAUAAGUUCCUAAGAAAAAUACAAGGAAACAGUCCUUGUUUGUGCAAAGCACUUUAUAAAUAAUGCAAUGUAAUAUGCACAUUAUGUAGCUGCUUUAUUAAUGAUCUCUUAAGGUUGUGAUUCUGCUGCCUUAUUAGUUUGCUUUUCUUAUGGUGGCUGCAGUGCCUUCAUUUUAUUUUUGGUAAUGAUAGGUGAAAAAAGUUAAAACCUUUUGAAAAACUGGGAACAACUGCAAAGGAUUCAGUUUUAGAUUUGAUGUUCUGACUCAUUGAUUCUUUAGUUUCCUGAACAUUUACCAUGGAAAUAAAAUUGAUCAGAAUAUUCAUGUCAUAAGGUUUUGUAUGGAAAAAAGAGAGAAGAAAAAAAAAAAAAAGCCCAAGGUGAUCAUCUGUACUGCAUCCCUUUAUGUAUAGAGUCUCUAAGUGUGGAACUGGUAGGCAAAUUAGCUGUCAAAUACCAUUUCCUAAAAGUUCUAUUACUGCUUCUAUCAGGAACCUAUCAGCAAAUGUUAGAGUGACUUAGAGCACAGGAACUCACAGCAAUGAUUUUUUUUUAAAACAUUUACAUUGAGAUUUUGGAAGAAAAUCAUAGUGCCAUGUACCUUUAAAAAUAAUACAAAAAUAUUCCCCCCAACUCAAUCUGAGCACCCACGAGUAGGACACAGCACUUUAUUUUGAACACAUUUCAAAAAAGUACUGUUGUGGGUUCCUCUACAGAUCUCAUCCUUUUUUCAUAUGUAUAUUUUCAUAUCAGUGCUUGAUGCUGACAGGAUAUUCUACAAAUGGCGAAGAUGAAUAAAAGAUAGUGUCUCUUGUUUGGAAUAUGUUGAUAUUCUCAAUUCAUUGAUGUGUGCAUUCAUGAUCUCCCUUUUGAAGUAGGAUAAAGUAACUAUAUCAGUCUAGGACUUAAAUGAAUAAAGUGAAGAUGUAAAUUUAUGUGAAGGUGUAAAUCUCAAAGGACAGACAGUACAGUUUAGCACUAACUGUUGAAAAGAUUUAGAAAUAUCAUAUCCAUUCUAAAAGGUACAAGUAUGGCCCCAAGAAAGCCUGAUCUGUUUGGGUGCUGCAUUUUGAUACUCUUCAUAAAUAUAAGAUAGCAGCUGGAAGUUAAUGUCUGUUCACUGUUCGCAGCUGUUCAGUCUGUUGACUGAAGGAAAAGGAAAAAGGGAAGGGAAGAAACAUUUUUUAUGUGACAGGCACUGUACUAAUAAUGAGCUUUUUAACAGAUAUAAAAUAAAUGAAGUGGAUUCUUCACUUAACUGCUCUGAUUUCAGGAAGAUGGCUUGCUAAAAGCACAUAUUCUAAGCUAGUUUCAGGUUUCUCUAAACUGUCAGAAAUGCAGAAAAAACAAAUUUAAAUAAAUUUUUAUCACAUAUUUCACUUUUUACCUACGCAAGCCCACUGAGCCAGGAGCAUGGAUUUUGUAGAUAUUUUUUUAAAACAUCCUGAUUUUUCUAAGUUGCCAUUUUAGCAACUAUCAAGUCAGCACUUGAGAAUGACAAAUGGGCAUAAAUGUAAUACAGUGGAAGACUUUGUAAAAAACUAAAUAAAGAUGCUUAAAAGGACAAUGGCAGACUAGCCAAUGAUAAACAAUGUGCUCCUUGAUGUUUAAUGAAAACUUCCAUUCAAGGCCCUAAGAUGACACUGUGCAUGUGAGACUCCAGUAGUUACCUUUACAGUUUGCCAAAUGAUCUCACUGUGCCUUUGUGAUGCAAUAAAAGCUAAAAUAUAGCAAUGUAGACAUGAGAGCAGUGACUGGUAUUAAUCGCUGUUGUUUGUUAUUUGGGUAAAGCAGCAUAGACAUCAUCCCCCAGUCCCCUCAAAAAAAAGAAAGCAUCUUCUUUAAAUUUUGUAACCUAAACCAGAGAAUAAAAUGAGAGAGCCCACUAAUGGAUCUUUGCAUACAAAAAAAAAAGUUGGUUUUUUUUUUUCUUUUUAAUGAAGCCAUUAGAUUAAAAGUAGAAUUGCAGCAUUUUUGGAGAAAUUAUUUCUAUUCCCUUUCAGCCACUAAAGCAUGAAUGUUUUGCACAGUAGAAAUGAUGUUGGGCGGAUGUUCGAGAAGUGAAAUUAAGAUUCUCUAUACUUGCUGACCAUAUUGUGAACUUUCUGCAGAUAGUCAGAAAGGAAAAAAUAUACCAUGGGACAGCAUUUUAAUACCAACUUUCUAAACUACUACUGCAGUUGGUAGAAUUAUUCCACCCAAUGCCUAAAUUUUGUAAAGCCACCUUGUCUACACCACCAAAUGAGGAACUCCCUCUUGGGAUUCAGCUUCCUUUGCAUUUUGCAAACUAGAUAGGAUUAUACUACUAACACUGUUUGUGUGAUCUGAGCGAGCCAGAUGGGGAGGGACUGUCCCAUUGUGGACAAGAUCCUGAUUUCCCAUAAGAAUGUUGACAGUGUAUGGAAAAGGCAAAGGUUGUCUUUGACAGGUAAAUAAGAUUGGGCAACAUGGUUUAGUUUCUUAGAUCUUUCUUCCUCCUCUGUGCCCAAACUCUUUGUCCUUUGUCCUACCCCCCAGAAAGUCCACAAGCAUACUCUUUAGUUAUUGGGUUCUUCAUUAGAAACCCCUCUUAACACAUGUUAUAUAUAAGGUAGCCUAUCUGACUUUGCCAGCAAUGGUGGUAUGUCUUGACUAGAGUAUAAUGGCAUGUCCAUUGUGUUCAUUUUUCUCAUUUCGAGCUUCAGUAGAAUUUUAAAUACUGAUAUAGUUUGUGAUGUAUCAGCACCGAAGAAGGUAAUCUUUAUUAAACUUUCCCUCUUCAGAUGUGUGUUCCUACCAGAUUCCAGGCCAUGUGUGUACAGAUGUGUACACUCACACAAUUUUGACAAAGACAAAUUUAGGCUUGAAUGAUAUGGUAAAAAGCAAUAACAGUUCCCAAAAAGAAUAUUGAAGAAGGUAAGCAGGAUAGAGAUUUAGCUUUGAGUUCUUAAAUCAGAAUUGCAGUAUUUUGUUGGGGUUUUUUUUGUAAGUCAUGAGUAAGUCAUGUCUUUGAGUUAGUCCCCACCUCAGAAAAGACAUGAUUAAAGCAGAGCCUCCUUCUGUUAACAAUGAUCAGUUCAGGUCUGCGUUUUGUAUUGUUUUUAAUUGUUGGUUAAACUUAAUGGUUUGUGGGGUGGUUUUUUUUUGUUUUUUUUUAACUCUCUUUGACUAUCAUAAUGGUCAAACCAGUUGUGCCUGUAGAUGCAUCCAAGUGUUUCCUUCCCUCCCCACACCUUUGUGUGUGUGUGUGUGUGUGUGUGUGUGUUGGAUGCGAUCUUUUUUGGUUUAUAUGUGUUUUAUUUCUUUUAAAGAAAUAACUUUUUGUAGUAGAAGUACUCUUUGCCAAUAAAGAAUAAAAUAUUUGUAUUACUGUCAAGAGAGAUUUGUUCCAACCAUCUGAUCAUCUUAGCAAGCGAUAUACACCUUGUCUAGUCCCCAUUGCCUACCUACCCUGUUUCAACCAUAGUUUUAAGAGAAUCAGGCAUGAAAUUUACAUCUGAAAUAGAGGAAAGCAGAGGAAUGAGCGACUUUUUUGAGGGAGGGGUCAAGUCAGGAGUUGGGGGUAUUUUGACUAAUAUUCUAUGUUGCAUUUGUAUCUGUUAAACCCUGGUUGAAUACUGUGUGUGUGUGUGUGUGUGUGUGUGUGUGUGUGUACGCGUGUACGCGCGAGCGCAAGAAUUAGGAGGAAAUUUCAGGAUAGCUUAAGCAUUGAAAUUCAAUCUGGGCACAAAUGGAUAGAAAAUGGACCAAACUUGGGUGGUGAGUAUUUAGGGGGGAUGGGGAGGGAAUAGUUACAAGAAUAGGGGAGAUGGUGAUGAGGGCGGGAAAUAAAUUAUAAUUAUCUGAAAAUAAAAUGUAAGAGUGCAAUAAAUGUGCUUUUUAUUCAAAGCUGUGAAGUUUAAAAAAAAAAAAAAAUCCUACAAAACACAUCAUUCCUUCCUAAUCCUUUUGUGUACUCCUUACCUGAUUGAAACCAGCUAUUUAAACUUAAGCCUUUUUGUUCUUGUUCAUUCUAACAAAAAUGUCUUUUGUUUUCAUGUUCUAUCAUUAGUUUAUAUACUUGUACAUAUAUAAACUGUGUUUUUACAUCAUUUGAAAAAUUAUUAGGUCCUCAUUGUAUUCCUUUGUUCUACCAUAUAACAUAUGAACUGAUGGUCAGAUUUGGUCUCCUUUAAUGCCAUCUAGAUUUGAAGGAUUAAAUCUCAGUGAUGUGUGUAUGUGGUGAUCUCAUGUGUUGGUUUGCACUUUGUCCUUCCUCUCUUUGCUUCCCCCUCCCCACUGUCCCUCCUUCCAACUGAGCUGAUUCUCCUAGAAGGGUACAACUGAUCUUUUUCCCCAUAUGGGGCAAUUCAGUUUCACUGUUGUGUUGACAUAUUUCCCUGGGUGUGUCACAUUCAGUAGUUUAGCUAAAAAGAUAGUUGUCAUUACUAUUUGGUUUGAACAGCGUGCAAGAGAACUCUUCCUUUGUCCUUCCUUUGUCAUAUCCUGGAUUGAGGGAUCUCCCAGGGAGAAGGGAAAAGUUUUCAUUUAAAUGACCCUCCCACCCUAUCACUCUAAAUUAUGUAGUACAACAUGCAAGCCUUCCUCUCUACUAUGUUACUGCCAAAGUUUGGAGAGGAUCCCAUAGAGUUUGUGGUAUAUAGGCAGUGAAAAGUUUGGGUCUUUUCAUAAUUAUUUAUAGGUUUCUAUAUCUGCUUUUGCAUAAAUGAUGAGUAAUUUUAUUUAACUUUUCAAGUCAUAAAAAAUUCAGAUCGGUGACAUUUCCCCCUCCUGUCUUCUCAUCCAUGGAGUGACUGCUUGUUCAAAUUAUUUUUCUUUGAUUCUUACGCCUUUUUUUUAUAUCUAGGUCCUUUCCUACUCAGGUCCCUUCAUUUGUACUUUGGAGUUUUUUCUCAUGUUAAUCUAAACAAUGGGAAAUACUGUUCAGUUGGCUAGAGAGCAUGGAGAUUUAAAACAACAAAAUUGAAAUUCAGAUUGAGGAAAAUUAUUUCUGUGUAAAGUUAUUUAAAGAACUCUGUAUUAUAUAAAAGGCAAAAAGUUCUAUGUACUUGAUGUGAAUAUGAGAAUACUGCUAUAAUAAAGAUUGACUGCAUGGAGAA